ACAUAUUGAAAUGCAAUUUUAAAACGCCGAAGAGUACUACACAGCAAAUAAUUAAAACCAUUUUCGAGUGUAAGAAUACCAAUCAACGAUCUUCAGCAGUCAGCCGUUAUGUGUGAUUGCCUGCGACAGCAAAAAUGAUCGUAACCCACGAUACAUUACAAGGCGACAUGCGUUCAGUUUCGAUCGGACUAGCGUAAAGAGCGGAAAGAGUGCAAACACGUAGUGAAAAUGGGACCGGUAGAUGCACAUGGUGCACUUUUGCGCAUAAUAUAUACUCGCCCGGGAAGCAUUGUCAUGCUCUUGCUGUUAGAUGCGAUAAUUUGGCUGCAGCGAACUGAUAUUGUAGAUUACCAAAAUCGAGUUCAAGACAUUCCACCACAGUUUAUAUACGAUGUGUACGAUUUUGUAGUAGUUGGAGCAGGAAGUGCUGGGGCAGCAGUAGCAGCAAGGCUUUCGGAAGUCUGCAGCUGGAACGUACUCUUGCUUGAAGCAGGUCAAGAUGAAACCUACCUCACAGAUUUGCCAUAUUUGUAUCCUACGUUGCAAAGAUCGAAUUUAGACUGGAAGUUUAGGACGGAACCGAACCCCAAUUUUUGUCAAGGAAUGGAGAACAAUCAAUGUGCUUGGCCUAGGGGGAAAGUUCUAGGUGGGUCUUCAGUGUUAAAUGCCAUGAUGUAUAUUCGUGGUAAUCCCGCGGACUACGAUGAGUGGGAAAGUUUCGGAAAUAUUGGUUGGAGUUGGAAAGAUGUUUUACCCUAUUUUGUAAAGAUGGAAAAUGUACGCGAUCCGAAAAUUGCAAAUCAACCAUAUCAUGGAACUACCGGACCUCAGACUGUAGAGUUGUUUAGAAAUCGUUCUGUUUUGAUGCAAUAUUUUUUCGAAGCUGCUAAACAGAUGAAUCAAACCAUUGCUGAUGAGAUGAACGGUCCCUCCCAGAAUGUGUUUGGACCUCUACAUGGAUCGAUUAGAGAUGGUUUACGGUGCAGCACUGCUAAAGCAUAUUUACGACCGGUAUGGAGGAGAAAAAAUUUUCAUGUGUCAAUGCAUUCUAUGGUCGAAAAAAUAUUAAUCGACCCAAAGGACAAACGAGCAUAUGGGGUUCUGUUCAGAAAACAAAACGUACUACAUUACGUAUUAGCAUUGAAGGAGGUUAUUUUAUCAGCUGGGUCGCUCAACACUCCUCAACUGCUGAUGAUCUCCGGUGUUGGGGCAAAAGCGGAGUUAGAAGCUCACGACAUUGAAGUUAUCCACGAUUCGCCGGGAGUUGGAAAAAAUCUUCAGGAUCACGUUGCAACUGGUGGCAUAACAUUUUUGAUUAGCAAUCCAAAUAAUACAGGGCCACUGUCGAUAUCAUUGAUUCAGUCCGUUUCAGGACCGGCCAUACGUGAUUUUAUUUUCAACAAUAGUGGAAUAUUCAUGAAUAUGCCAUCUUGUCAAGUGAUGGGGUUCAUAAACACAAAAUACGAACCGGUCGGUAGCACCCGUCCUGACAUUCAAAUUUUCAUGUCUGCCCAGUCAGAGCUUGCGGACGGGGGAACCUGGGCAGCCUACGGAGCAGCACUUUCCCAUAAGUAUUAUGCAACGAACUUCGAGCGGUGGGUUUUUCACGAUUCGUUUCUCAUCAUGCCGCUUCUGAUGAGACCACAGAGCCGUGGACAUCUAGAGUUAAGAAGCAAAAAUCCAUACGAUAAGAUUAAGAUUUAUCCAAAUUACUUUGCAGUACGUCGUGAUAUAGAUAUUCUGAUUGAAGGUCUUAAAUAUUGUCUUCGGUUGGCGCAUACUCCUGCGUUGCAAGCGUUGAAUGCUACCCUAAUAUAUAAAACGGAAUCACACGCAACAUGCAGCGGCAGAACGGGCGAUGAUUUCUACGAAUGUCUCGUGCGUCAUUUUUCUCAAACCAUUUAUCACCCCGUCGGAACAACCAUGAUGGGCCCCAAAAGCGAUCCGAUGGCUGUGGUUGACGAUCAGCUUAGAGUGCAUGGGAUUGGUGGAUUACGAGUAGUUGACGCCGGAAUUAUGCCCACAAUUGUUACCGGGAACACAAAUGCAGCGGUAAUAAUGAUCGGAGAAAAAGGGGCAGAUUUAAUCAAAGCUGCUCAUUUGCCAGACCUGUUGAAGCAACCGAAUUUAGCACCGUGUAGCACGUAUAAUUUUAAAUACAACUGACAAGUUAAAGUAUAACUUUGGUACAAAGUUUAUUUACAUUAAAAAUCCAAUUUCUUUUUUCGAGCGUUUUUAAACAAACUUUAUCCUUUAAAACUUUUGGUGCUUGUAGACUCCUUAAUUUUGAAUGGAUGCUGUGAAUAAACGUACUAAUUCUAACAAAUUGUUAUUCGAUAUCUCAGCCAUUGUAACGCUCUACUUAUAAGAUAGGGGUAAUUAAUAACUGAACGAUUUAUUUCACCUGUGUUCAAUCCGUAAAUCACAAUUAUAUCUUUAUUUCAUGCACACUUUAUGCAAUAAUUUUUAUCGCUUAUAGAUAAUU